AUGCGGCCGGCGGUCAGGACGCGCGUGUGCGCCCGGGCGCAGCGCGGAGCCUGGGGAGCCGCGGCCCCGCCGCCUCGGAGCCCGCCCGGCCGCCGCCGCCGAGCCAGCCCCGAGCCAUUUACGGCCGGGCGCCCGGGCCUGGCAUCGCCAGGCGCAGCCGGGGCGGGGGCGGGAGCUGGGGGGGGCGGGGUCGUCAAUCUGGCUCCGGGCGGGGAAGUUGCUGGCUCCGGGCCCGAGGCCGGGGGCUCCGGCGCUGCCCACCGCGCGAGCCUGCGGCCCCCGAGCCGGCCGCGCUGCGCGGAAACGCGGCGCCCGGGCCUCCCCGCCCCCUCCCGGGAGCUGCUCUCCUCCUCCCGGCGGCGAGGCGCGCGGCUUGGCCCUUUGAAACGCCGCCGCGCGAACCGAUUGAGUCACAAACAAGUCCGCAAACAGGCCGGGGCUAACCCCCCGCCCUUUGUUCUCCCAGACCUGCCUGGCAAACCUUUCCUCCACUCGCCCUCCCAGCCCCAGCCAGCUCGGGGUCCCUCCUCCCCACCCCCGCCCCCCGGACCCGGGUCUGAGCACCAGGGGGGGGCCGAGCCGGCCCACCGGCCCAAGGGUGUCCCUGUUAAUGCCCGGGAGACCUCCCGAGACCCGCACAGAUUAGAGGUGAACUGUCAUGGAUAUUCCUCUGUCUGUCCUGUGGUCCUUUUCCCCUGGGUGCCUUGAAGAUUUUACUUUCUCGGAGUUUGACUAAGAUGCUCCUGGGUGUGGAUCUGUGCCCAUCCAGCUUAGAGAGUUUGUAUCAGCUGCCGCUCUGCUGCCGUGGUAAGUGCCCUGACGAAAGCAACCUUAGAAGGAAAAUGGGUCAUUCUGGCUUAUCGUUUCAGAGGCCAGAAUGGUGGGGAAGACAUGGCAGCAGGGAAGAAGGCAGGUGGUGUGAAACUGACAGAUCACAUUCCAUUCACACACAGGAGGCACAGAGAGAGAGGUGAGACCAGGCUAUAAGCCCUCAAAGCCUCCAUCCCAGUGAUGCCCUCCAUCCAGCAAGGCUGCCUCUCCUAAACCUCCCCACACGGGUGCUCCACCUCGGGAUCAAGGGUUUAAAUGCAUGAGCCUACAGGGGUGGGGGUGGGGGCAUUCCUCAUUCCACUGACCACAAGGUUGACCUAUAAAAUUUUCACCAAACUUGGGACAUUUUCAGCCACUAUUUAUUCAAACCGUCCCACUGUCCCAUUUUGUAUCUCUCUGUCCUUCUGAGAUUCCAGCGUGUAUGUUGUCAUCAUGUGCUUUGCGCAUGACACAUGGGUUACUGGUCAUUUUAGGCAUUUUACUCCUGUUAUCAGAUCCCAUCAUUUCAAUUGUUCCCUUAUUAAUUUCACUAGCUCUUAGCCUCUCCGGCGAACAUUUCCUCACGUGAGUGUGUGUGUGUGUGUGUGUGUGUGUGUGUGUGUGUGUGUGUGUAUUUGUAUAUUCCAUUAUUCCAUUUCAUUUAAACUCCUUACCAUAGAAUAAUUCUACUUUACCCUUCCUUUGUUAGGGUAGUUCUAUUUAAUUGUUUUUAUUACAACUAACUAAAAUGUCUCUUUGUCCCGAUACUCUUUCUUCAUACCUAAGAUAUGGUGCUACAGAAAGUCCUGAGUUUUCCAAGCAUCUUGAACUUGAGACUGAGCUCAGCUGCCCCAAAGCAGGUGAAAGCACUAUUCAGCUCUCUCAUCACCUGCAUGCCGCUUUCCUGGGCCUCUUGGAGACCUUCUCUGUCUCAGAAUUCAAGGAUGUCAUUAAAGAUCAGAAGGAAACUUACUUAACACAGUCUUUAAGGUAGCCUUCUCGUGGCCGGGUCUGCUCCAGGGUGUCUCUGCUCUCGUACACCCACUGAGAGCCCUGAACACCAGCAGGUACAACCUACACCAUGAGGAGUGGUUUUUUUCUGCAGCCUAGGCUCUGUGCUCAACAGAACCUUCCUCUCCGGGGCUGAGCACCCGAUAUCUGCCAGCUGUUCACCAUUCUGGGGGGUGGCCGGGAGGCUUUGAAUGGUUUGUUAUUGGUGUUCUUGUCCAUUUUAUCAUCAUUUUUGUUGGAAGGUUUUAUUUUGUAUGUAAGGUAUUUGCUCCCUAAUUCUAUUGCCAAAGGUUUCUUCAGCAUAUUGUAAGUCUAUGGGAUUCUUUUUUUUUUCCUGGUGAAACCCAAGGCCACACACACACACACACACACACACAUAAACUGGACAGGUGCUCCACCACCGAGCCACAUCCCAGCCGAGGCUGUUACACAGUUUCAAGGGAAGACUAGCUGAGACUAGCUAUAGAUUUAUUUUCUCUUUGCCUGAAGAAUCGCAAUGACACAACUAAACCUUUGCAAAGAGGGAUAGGUAAAAUCAAUGGAAUGUCUCUCAUUUCUUCACAUUCCAGGAUGUUGAUAGUAUUUCAAGAUUUGGCUCCUUUUUAAUUACCUUACUUUAGGAAGGAAAAGAAAUCAUAUAGACUCAUAAUAGUUCAAACCAUCUAUGAACUAUUGAUUCGAUCAAUACUUUUGGGUGAGAAAUGGAGUCUCUGGUUCUUCCAUGACCACAAAAUACAAAAAGGAAAAAAUUCAAGUCCACUAUCUGAUUAAGAAUGAAAUUCAUAAUCCUUCCUUGUUAGUUAAUUAUUAAGUGCACAUAACUUCUUGGGGGACGCUUCAUUGGGGCCUUCAUAUUUCACAGCACUCCAUUUAGCUUCUCCUUUGUUUGUAUCUCAAAGACGAAUGGCUCAUAAAAUUUAUAGCCAAAAUAUAUUAUGUCAUUGUGUUUUGGAAAGCCUAAAAGUAGGCGUUAGAAAUAAAAGCCCCAGUUCAGCCUGGCAAUUCCUAAUUGCUCCACAGAACACAGAAUCUAACAGAUUCCACUCCUUUUUAAUAUCUUUCUUUUGAACUAAUUUCCAUAUCAGUCCAGGCAGCAACAUGCCAAAGGAGCCGGCAGAGUGCGCGUGCCAGAGGCGGCUGGGUUUCUCCUUGAGAGAUAAUUAAAGCAGCUUACACUGUCCAUGUGGCAUCUUGAUGAAUAUGCAGACGAUAUUUGCAUAUGAUCUACUGGUGUUCUGGGACCAUAUGAUCAUGCGUGUGGGAUGCCAAGCUCAUGAUUUUAAUUUGUGUGUUUGGUCACUACUCUAGUGGAAGCCAUUGUCCUUUGAGCCUAAGAAGGCUUUUUCACUCUUAGAAUAUUGUUUCAAUGGUUAAUUACUUUAUGCCUAGAAAUUCCUUUGGUGCUAAGUUCCAAAUCUCCUCCCCCCGCCCCAGUGCUGGGGGUGGAAACUAAGUUUGCCCAGAUUAAGCAAGUGUCCCGCCUCCCAGCCCAAUUCUAAGUCUUGACUUCAUCCCCAAACUGCCACCUCAGAAGACAAAGGUAAAGAGAAAGAUGUGUUAGCAAAUGCCACGUGGCCAGAGUAGUCCUUUUCGUUGUCAGACAAGGAGCUGCCAGCUGAAAGAGGAACGGACAGGGGGACAGUGAGAGUCAACAUGCCAGCCUCAGGAUCUGACAAGCCUGGGAUAUGCCACCGAGGAACACCAGGGUCGCUGGGGUACAUGCUUCAGCGCCUGCACUUGAAAGGUGAAAGCAGGAGGAUCAGCAGUUUGGGCUUAGCCUUGGCUAUAGUGAGCUUGAGUCCACGUUGGAAGGAAGCAGAAGUGAGAGGGGAAAGGGGGAGAAAGGGAGGGAAGGAGGGAGGGAGAUGGAGAGAGAGGGAGGGAAGAAGGGAAGUGUAAAGAAACAGAAAAGCUGCAGAAGUUCAGGAUAUGAAGAAAGCCAACCUGCAGCUAACAGGCCAGAACACCCUCCUCUAGGACAAACCUGAAAACAUCUUCAUUUAAGAUACAGGACGUCAGGGAUGCUCAGUGGUUAAGAACACUGACUGUUCUUGCAGAGGACCCAGGCUCAAUUCC